CCAGAAUAUUACGUAUAGAAAUCAGUUGUGCACCGAACGGAAGGUAUAAAAUGUACGUAUAACUUCAACGACAAUAAUACAUACUAUUCGAAUCAAAAGAACCACCACUAGAACAAAGAAGGAUAUACCUAAGCCUAAAAUAUGCAAUUAAAAUCUCCUCCACUCCAAAUAAUCCUACCUAUAAUAACAUAUUUACUAAUAGAUAUACACACCUACAAAUCAAAAAACCUAAGUCUCCAAUUCCAUUCUAUGGAAGAAUUGCCGAAUACGAGAGUCUUGCUGAAAUCACAUCGACCCCGAUCAUCCCACGUAAACAUAGGAAACCUGCUCCAUGGAUCCAAAAAAUUCCAGAUACCAAUACUGACCUCGCAGUACUCCCCAAAAGAUCAAAUCAGUAGCAUUGAACAUAAAUUUAAUUUUCAGCGACUAUGUAAUAAAUUCCCUAACCACCAAAGGAUAUAUACUGAUGCAUCAAAAAAUGACCAGGCAGUAGGAGCUGCCGUCGUCUACGAUAGUACAAUCCAAAAAAUCCCUCUUCCAAAAGCCUCAUCCAUCUUCACAGCAGAAGCUUGGGCAGUUUUUGAAGCCUUAAAAUACAUGCAGGACAAUAAUAAUAACCUACCUUUCAUCAUUUUCACAGAUUCUAUGAGUGUCAUCAAAGCAAUAGUAAACCCAAUUAUUGAAUCUAAACAUGAAGUUAUCCUAAAUAUCCAUUACACUUAUACGAAUCUUAACAACAUUGGAAAUUAUAUAACCUUAGCCUGGGUACCAUCCCACCAAGGAAUCGAAGGAAAUGAGUUAGCCGACAAAACCGCCAAAGAAGCAACAUUGUCCUCGCCAGUUAACAGCUGCAGACAGAUUCCAUACCAAGACCUCAUUGUCGCAGUACGCCACAUCGAACGACAAGCAUGGAAUAAAGAAUGGAGAACUUCUAAGCCUAAUAGUUCCUGAGAUAUUCGAGAAAAUAUGUUUUGC